CAUGCGCCAAACCGACAAGUGGCAGAGUAGACGUGCAGUUCCACGUUUUACAUUCUGCGUGAUAUAGCAUCUUAAACGUGACUGCAGAUGAAACAGCGACGGACCAUGUGCCUCUCUGGUGAGGACAUUGCAUUGCAGCACCCCAUCGGACGUGAGGCAGCAGGCAACUCGUAUGUCGCGUCUGGAGUGCAGUGAAGGUGGAAAGCCAGCGGCUUUAAAGAAACACAUUGCCGGGAAAGAAAAGGCAAGGAGAAAGCAGCUGCUCUUUCCGUAACAUCUAGAUGAAUGUGAAAGAGGAGAUGCAUGAGGCUGACAAAAGUAUCAUGGAGAUAACAGCCGUAAGUAUUAAGGAGGAGGAAGAAAAGAACUGCGAAUGGGAAUCUGUCCACACUAACCACGACAGUCUCGGCAUUAAAAACGAGGAUUAUGAACUGGUGACGGUGGGUAUUAAAGAAGAGGCUGAGGAGACAUCUGUCGGUAUUGAGACACACAAACCCAAAAUUAGAGAGCCUGGUAAAGAUGACCCUCAUUCAGAGUGGACCCUUCAUUAUGGGUGUCAGGAUGGAGCAGUGACCGGAUUAGUGCCUUCUCGCAGCAUCAGUGUCAUGUCUGAAUCGUCACAGUCUGACACGAAGAAGGUUGAGGUAACUGCAUCUGUUAGAACUCAGGAAGGCAAACCAUCGCCUUCAAAAGGGUCUCCAGAAAGAGACAAACCUCAUUGGUGUUCCACAUGUGGCAAGCGAUUCUCCCAAAUGGCCACUCUUAAGACCCACAUGAGAAUUCACACUGGAGAGAAGCCGUAUUCCUGUUCUGAAUGUGGGAAACGAUUCUCAGACAGCAGCCAUCUUCGGAGACACACAAGAAUUCACACUGGAGAGAAACCGUAUUGUUGUUUGGAAUGUGGGAAAAGAUUUUCACAAUCGAGCAAUCUUCAGAGUCAUACAAGAAUACACACUGGGGAGAAGCCGUACUUUUGUUCUGAAUGUGGAAAACGAUUUUCACAGUUAAGCAGUCUUCAGAGUCACAGAAGAAUUCACAAUGCUGAGAAGCUAUAUUGCUGUAAUGAAUCUGGUGAGCAGUUCCCACAUAUGAUCAGUCCUCAGAGCCACAAAAGAAUUCAGACUGAAGAGAAGCCAUAUUUCUGUUCAGAAUGUGGCAAACGAUUCUCUUACAAGAGCAGUCUUCGAACCCAUUCAAAAAUUCAUGUAGGAGAAAAACCCUAUUGCUGUUCUACGUGUGGCAAACAGUUUUUCCAAAUGAGCCAUCUUAAGAGCCAUACAAAAGUUCAUACAGGAGAGAAACCUCAUGGCUGUUCUGAAUGUGGCAAACAAUUCCGUGACAGGAGUACUCUUCUCAGACACACAAGAAUUCACUAUGGAGAGAAGCCCCAUUGCUGUUCAGAAUGUGGCAAACGAUUCUCACGAAGUCUCUAUCUUCAGGCCCACAGAAGAAUUCACACUGGAGAGAAACCAUAUUGCUGUUCAGAAUGUGGCAAAGUAUUUGCACAACUAAGCAGUCUUCAGAGCCAUGCAAGAAUCCAUACUGGGGAGAAACCAUAUUGCUGUAAUGAAUGUGGCAAGCAAUUCUCGCAUAUGAUCAGUCUGAAGACCCACACACGAAUUCACACUGGAGAGAAACCAUACAGUUGUAAAGAAUGUGGCAAACAAUUCUCUUACAGGAGUAGUCUUUUCACCCAUUCAAGAAUCCAUGUACGGGAGAAACCUCACUGUUGUUCUACAUGUGGCAAACAGUUCUCACAAAUGGCAACUCUUAAGAUUCACAUAAGAAUUCAUACUGGAGAGAAGCCAUAUUCCUGUUCUGAAUGUGAAAAACGAUUCUCUGACAGCAGCCAACUUAAGAGACACAAAAGAAUUCACACCGGAGAGAAACGUUACUGCUGCUCUACCUGUGGCAAAUGUUUCUCACGAUUGGCCACUCUUAAGAACCACAUAAGAAUUCACACGGGAGAGAAGCCAUAUUCCUGUCUUGAAUGUGGAAAACAAUUCUAUGAGAGGAGUGCUCUUCGGAAACACAUUAAAAUUCACUAUCAAGGGAAGUCCUGAAAGAAUAAGUUGGGAGGGUUAGUUUGGAUUUCAUUCUCCUUUUGUCUUGACCUUCUAACUCCAAGCCUUGCGGUGUACUUUAUAAGGUGGGCUUUGCUCGGUGAGAUCCAUAACAAAUCUUAUCAAGACGAGGCUAUUUUCAUAGUAUAAAAAGGAUCUGUCCUACUGGCUGCACAGAAUAGAGUGGUGUCCAUAGGGUAGGAUGAGGAGGUAGCAGUGGUGCAAAAUCUGACAUGUAAUCAGUCCAGGACAGAGCUGGCUUCACCACAAUGGAACAGAGAAAAAAAUAAAAGCCACAAGAAACUGGGAGGACUGGAUAAGUUGUAGCGACCAGUUGAAUAUAAAGGGGAGAUCAUUUACUGCUACUUCUCUGCAUGUGAAAGGAUACAACAGGGAAAAUUAAGAAAAACUGCAAUGAAGAAAUGUAUUGAUUUACAGAUUAGACAAGAUAACUGACCCAAAUCAAAGAUAGAGGCAUUUUAAAUAUCUCCAAAGAACAAUAAAAGAUGAAUACGUUAAAAAAAAAAAAAGUAGUAAGUAUGCAAAUAGAAUGAAUACAUUAACAGCCAGAUUUAUUAACAAGAACCAAUGGAUACACUUGAAAAAUGAUUGUUGCAGAGAAGUGAAAUGUCCUCAUAAACAACUUGAUUCUCAGACAGUGAAAUGCCAACCAUAAAGGGAGAGGUUAUUAGGGAGUGCUGAGAUAGUUAGGGGGCAGCACGGUGGCGCAGUGGCAGCGCUGCUGCCUCACAGUAAGGGGACCUGGUUUUGCUUCCCG